GGUUAGCAGCUGUAGCACUUAACCACUAUGCCACCAGGGUUUCCACAAUCAAAAUGGGCUUGGAAAACUUCAGACAGUGCUUGGGGCUGCGGUAAAUGGCCCAUUCUCGCCAACAUUCUCAGCCCCCGGCCCAGGUCGUAGGUCACCGGGAGGAGCAGUUUCUCCUUCUCUUCCUGACGUCUUCUGUUGUUUAACAGUGUGCAUCCGUGAGAGAAUACUGUGCGUCCAGUCUGUGCCUGUGUGACUCAGAGGGCUGAUUUAAGGGGUUCCCCCGUCAAGUUCCUCAUUUUCUUUUUUAGCUGUCUCACAGGCUGUCGUGCCAAAGUAUGUGAAUGGCUCUAAGUGGUAUGGUCGUCGGACCCGGCCCGAGCUGUACACGUGCGGGACUGAGGACGGACACUCAGCAGACCAGCAAGCACAGGCCAGCCUUAGCAGCCAGCUCUGCCACGCCACCUCUCUGCAAAGUGUGGAGGUGGGUCGGACUUUUCAUUCCUACCCUGGGUGCCCAGUAUCCGAGUUUCAAGUCAGAUGAAGAAGCUGACAGUGCCAGAGAGCCUCAGAGCGAGUUAUUUGAAGCACAAGGCCAACUGCGAGCCUGGAGUCCCAAGGUUUUGGGGAGUCCUCAGGAGCUCAGCAGCCCCACCUUUGACACACCUCAGAGCCAGGCCCAGGUCAUCUGGGAAGAGCUUGGUGUUGGCAGCAGUGGCUACCUCAGUGCGCAAGAGCUGGCAGUGGUCUGCCAGAGCAUCGGGUUGCAACGACUUGAGAAAGAGGAACUAGAGGACCUGUUUAAGAAACUGGAUCGAGAUGGAGAUGGCAAAGUGAGUCUUGCGGAAUUCCAGCUUGGCCUGUUCAGUCAUGGACCCGCUUCACUUCCGGAAUCUUCCACUCCCAUCCAACUGAGCAGGCCUUGGCCUGAUUUCCAGGCUGUGGAGGAAAGUGGGUGCCGGACCACCACAACCUCGUCCCUCGUGUCCAUCUGCUCAGGCCUGCGCCUCUUCUCCAGCAUCGACGAUGGCACUGGGUUUGCAUCUCCCAAGCAGGUCGUCACUCUGUGGGCCCAGGAGGGGAUUCAGAAUGGCAAGGAGAUCUUACAGAACCUUGACUUCAGUGUGGAUGAGGAGGUGGACCUUCUGGAGCUGUCCUGGGCUUUCGACAAUGAGCUCAUGAUGGUCACUGGUGUCACUCAGCAAGCAGCCCUGGCCUCCUACCGACAGGAGCUGACCUACCUCCAAGGGCAAAUGGAACAGAUGGUGAAGGAGCGAGACAAGGCGAGGCAGGACCUGGAGAAGGCCGAGAAGAGGAACCUGGAGUUUGUGACAGAGAUGGACGACUGCCACUCCGCCAUGGAACAGCUCGCUGAGCGGAAGAUCAAACACCUGGAGCAGGGGUACCACGGACGGCUGGCCCUGCUUCGCUCAGAGAUGGAGAUGGAGCGAGAGCUGCUCUGGCAGCAGACCAGCAGGCAGAGGGCUAGGCUGGAGGAGGACCUCGCGGCCCUGCGCAGGGAGGAGGCCUGCCUGCGGGAAAAGCUGGCGCUGGCCCUAAAGGAAAACAGUCGGUUACAGAAGGAGAUUUUUGAAGUUGUGGAGAAACAUUCAGAAUCAGAAAAGCUGGUCCUGAAACUGCAGAAUGACCUUGAGUUUGUACUGAAGGACAAGCUGGAGCCACAGAGCACCGAGCUCCUCUCUCAGGAAGAACGGUUUACAGAAAUCCUGAAGGAGUAUGAAGUCAAGUGCAAGGACCUGCAGGACCACAACGAUGAACUCCAGGCUGCACUGGAGGGCCUGCAGGCAUGGCUGCACAAGACCCAGCGUGGCCGGUCCAGUGCUCAGCCAGAUGGAUGGCUGCCCCCGACAGAUGACCCAGAAGGCCUCGUUUCAUGUGUAGGUGGCCCCACUCCAGUGAGUCUGGAAACGGAGAUAAUGAUGGAGCAGGUGAAGGACCAUUACCGAGACCUCAAGACCCAGCUGGAGACCAAGGUAAAUUACUAUGAGCAGGAAAUCGAGCUAAUGAAAAGGAACUUUGAGAAGGAGAGAAAGGAAAUGGAGCAGACGUUCAAGUGUGAGGUCAGUGAGCUGGAGGGCCAGAGAGCGGCCCUGGAGGCGCUACACGUGCAGUCGCAAGAGGCCAUCCGCAGCCUGCAGGGGCAGCUGCAGAAGCUGGGGCAUGGGCGGCUGCUCCACACCCAGGAGCUCGUUGGCCCUGCGCGCUGGUGGAAAGAGGAGCUGCGCCUGAGACACCAGCACGAACUACAGCAAGUAAGGAAGGAGGCAGAGGCUGAGCUGAGCCAGAAGCUCUUGUGGAUGGAAGCCCAGCAGGCCACCCUCCGUGAGCACUUGUCACGGCAACAUCAGCGCGAAGAAGAAGACAUGCUGCAGACGCACCUGCUGCAGGUGAGAGACGUGGCGGUGCAGCUGGACUCAGAGAAGGGAUGGAGGGAUGAGAGGGAGAAGGAGAUCCUGGCCCAGUGCAGGAAGCAGCAGCUCAAGCUGGAGGAGCUGAUGAGUGAAGAGGAAGCUCAUAUUUGCAAAGCAUUUGCCCUUGAGAAGGGGAAAUUAGAACUCACACAUAGGAAGCAAGUAGAAGGGCUUAUCCAGGAGACACAGAUGCUGAGGCCUGCCUUGAAGGAGGGAACAGCAGCAGCAGAUCAUGAGAGAGAAAGGCGGCCACCACCAGGCCUGCUUGGACCUGCGGAAGUCGGGGAGGAGGCGGGACCAGCAGGAGGCAGGCCUGGGCCUGGAGGGGCAGAGGCCAUGGGUAUACCAGGCUGGCCACACAGCUGUGCAGGCCCUGUCCAGAGCCCAACCUCAAUCCCAGCCCUGCGAUCCAAAGGGCCAUCUGCGAGCUUCAGCAUCAGAGAUGGCCAUCCUGGCUUGCUGUAUGCUGUAGAAAUGGCUUGUGUUCCUUCAGAGAUGUGGUCCUAUGUGGGGCCACCUGGGGUGGAUGGGACAGUGUUCCUGGAGAAACCAGUGCCUUUGCCUAGCAACCGAGCAGGUCAGAGCUGGCAGUCAUCUGAGCAGCGGCAGCCCAAAGCCCCGGAGCAGCUCUGGUUGGUAAUGGAUGGAGACAACCUGCAUGGGGUGCCGGCCCUCGGGAGGAGCCUGAGCAUUCUGGAGGGUGAGCAUGGGGCGGGGCCCACCGAGACAGGACGGCAGGAGUGGGAAGGAGCCAUACAGAGACAGGAGGCAGAAACGGUGCUGGAGAGAGAGAAAAUUGAAAUGAAAACCAGACUCCUACAGCUGGAAGAUGUGGUUCGGGCACUGGAGAAAGAAGCAGAUACGAGAGAGAACAACAGAAUUGAGUUACAGAGGCUUUCUGAACAAAACGCUUUGUUGGCAGACGAGCUGGAAAGAAUUCAGCAAGAACUUGGAGCUGCAGAAAGGACAAAUGAUGCACAGAGGAAGGAAAUCGAGGUUUUAAAGAAGGACAAAGACCAGGCCCGCUUUGAAAUGGAAACACUGAACAAACAGAGUCAGAAAUACAAGGAUCAGUUGUCCCAGCUGAACCACAGAACCCUUCAGCUGGACAGGGAGGUCAAUGCCUACCGGGCCCAAAACGAGAAGAACGAAGUCACCAUUCAGCUGCUAACACAGAGGCUGGAGGGGGCGGGUCACCAGGAGGAAGAAUGGGAGGAACAUGAAAAACAGCUUACAGCCACAAAAGAGCAGGUGGAAGAGGUAGAAUUGAUCUUGAAGAACGUGGAAAUGCUCCUACAAGAAAAAGUGGAUGAGCUGAAGGACCAGUUUGAAAAGAGCACAAAGUCCGAUUUGCUGCUCAAGGAGCUUUAUGUAGAGAACGCACACCUGAUGAAAGCCCUACAGGUCACAGAAGAAAAGCAAAGAGGAGCUGAGAAAAACAACCUCAUCUUGGAAGAAAAAAUCAGAGCUCUCAACAAGUUAAUCAGUAAGAUUGCUCCAGCAUCUCUCUCUGUAUAGACUGCUUGUUUUCCUGAAAUUCAUUCUGAAAAGAACAUCUUUUAAAACUAAGCCACUGUGAUGACAUAAUUUUCUGUGGCUCAUUGGUCCUCAGAAUAUGAGGAUUGUGAUUCUUGGCGCAUUCCAGAAACCUCUAACGUACGUCUACUCUGUCCCGGAUGCUGGGGAAAAAUAUACAUGUUGGACAAGACCACAUUUUUAUAAAAUUCCCAGUUUGCCACUCACUCACCAGUAACACAUUACGCAGACACUUAGCCAGGAGUGACUGAGAGAAAAUGAGCUAACAUAAACUUAAUUGUGAUGCAGUCCUUUUUACUGUGGCUGCAAAGAUGCAAAAUUACUGCUCUGCACAGCUUUACUAUUUUGUUAUUACUGCUCUGGCUUAGAUUACAAUUCUCAGUGGUGGGUCAGUGCAGACAUUCUAGAAAGGCAUCACUCUGUGAACUGCUAACUCAGCAAUAAAGGAGGGGAAACCCUUUCUUUAGGAACCACGCCUCCACGUGUGGAUAUUUGCACAUGGCUAGACCUGUGGACUUGGGGGCGAUAUAUUUAUUACAAAUGUAGUAUUUUCCUCAUAGAAGUGUCUUCGCACUGGAAAAUGUACUAUAUGUAAAAAAAAAAAAAAAGUAUAGUUUUAUAUAUAAAAACUAUGGCCAUUUGGUUUAUCCUAAUGUACUGUUGUAAUAUGAGAAGAGUCACUGUAUUUGCAAGACUUCUUUUCUAUUAAAAAACUGAUUUAACUUCCAAAUUUGUUUUUAAUUUUUUAAUUAUAAAAUGUAUCAAAUAUGUAGAAAAAUACAGAGUUUUAGGAGAAAAACCCACGUGUCCAUCGGUUUUUUGUUUGUCCAUCAACUAGAUGUAUUAAGAA